AUGCCUGGAAUGCCCGGACGCCCUGGUCUUCCUGGACCACGCGGAGUUCCUGGAAAUGAUGGGCCACCAGGAGAACCCGGCCCAGUUGGAAUCCCUGGACCUCAAGGACAGCCAGGAAAAGACGGUUUCGAUGGAAUGCCCGGUAAUCCUGGUCAGGCUGGUGUACAAGGAAACGUUGGAGGCGACGCUGAAUACUGUCCUUGCCCCCCAAGAAGGAGAAAAGCUAGAGCUUAG